AACAAAUAGUUGAGCUCACAGAUUUCAUAAUAGAUUCACUUCAUCAAAUCAUUUUUCAAACUCUUCUUCCUCCUCUGAUUGAUCUUCUCCAACCAACCACCACCACAUGUCACUGCCACAGUGACCACCCAACCUCUACCACACAAGACCUCUCCAUCUCACCACAAAAUAUCAUUUUAAUUAUUGGAGACCUGUAUUUUUAGUUUUAUGUUCUUGAAACAACCAGAACAAAGAAAAUGGCUAGAGUAGCUGGCAUAUUUGUUUGUCUCCUAAUUGUAAUCAUGGAUGUAGCAGCUGGGAUUCUUGGUUUGGAGGCUGAAAUUGCACAAAACAAGGUUAAGCAUUUGAACUUGUGGAUAUUUGAGUGCAGAAAGACAAGCCAUGAUGCCUACAUGUUAGGAUUGAGUGCAGCGGUGCUUUUGGGACUAUCUCAUGUUAUAGCCAAUUUGUUAGGUCGUUGUAAUUGUGGUUGUUCUCGACAAGAAUCUCAGAAAGCUUCCUUCAAUAGGCAACUCUCUGUGGCUUGCCUUAUUCUAACCUGGUUGGUGGUGGCUGUUGGAUUGUCCAUGUUAGUGAUAGGGUUUAUGUCAAAUAACAGGACACAUAGUUCUUGUGGUUUCUCACACCAUCACUUUCUGUCCAUUGGUGGGAUUUUAUGUUUUGUUCAUGGUUUAUUAUGUGUUAUAUAUUACAUUUCUGCCACUUCCUUCGUGGAUUAGUAUUUUGUAACAUAAUAGUAACAUCUGGAAGUCACUCAGUUAUUCCUAUAAUAGUGCUUUUGGAAGGUGGCUUUUUUAUAUGUUGCUGUGUAAUAUCUUUAGGGUAUCUUUUGAUUUAAUAUUUGGAAGAGUAUUUUGAGAUGUUUA